AUGGAUCAGAUCCUAUCAAAAGCUUCAAAUCAGGUGGUCUCAUUUGCUAUACGCUCUGGUAUAUCGAUAGCAUCAGGCUAUGCCAUCAAGACCAUCUCCACAUUUGUUGACAAAAUCCCAGUUCUGCAACAACAACGUCUAUCUAGACAACGACACAAACUCAAGACCAAAAUCGAUAUCAUCAAUGUCACUAUCGAUUUGAUCAAACUUGCAGCUAGUCGCGGCAACACCGUGUUGGAAUCCACAUUGGAGUUGAUUGAAGAUUUGCAUAGCCAAUUCACUGCAUUUGACGAAGGGGUCAACGACAUCACGGCACAAUUGUCGAGUGCAAAUACUAAAGAAAGCGUUAAACGGGUUGAAGAUUACAUGCGUGAUUUGAUGGUGGAAAUCAAUGAUGCUAUACCGAUACUAAACUUGUCUUUGAUAACGUCGGGGAUAAAUCUCAAUGGUAUGACUAAUUUCAAUGCAAUUUCACCUGGUAGGCUACUACAAGCUUCAGAUUAUUUAAACAAGGGUAGUGAUGCAGUAGGUCCUGCAUUUGACUUGGUUAUGUACACGAUAUUCUACAACCCAAGUCGAAUGAAGUAUGUUGGUGAAGGCGAUAAUGAUGUUGAUUCUCGUGUGGAUGAAUUGAGUUGUAUAACAUGGAAAGAGACAUUUGCCAGAAGUUCAGUUCAGGUAACUAAUGACGGCAAAAACGGGGAAUUUAAGUACACUUUGAUUAUUGAGGAGGACUUCAAUGACGGGAGGUUCCACGGUGGUGGUGAUGAUGAUGAUGAUGAUGAUGAUGAUGCGAAGCCAAAAGUAAAAGUGUACGAUUUGAAAGCGGUCCAAAGUAUGUUUUUCACGGCGUCGGGGAAAUUGCUAAGACUCGAAGGGCGCAAUUUACCUGUCUUGAUUUUGAAGAUAGUCGAUGGAGAUAAAGAAGAAUGGAUUGCUUUAGGUGAGCUUCACCUGAAUGAAUUUGAUGACGAAGAGGACGACAGCGAUGAAGACGACAGUGAAACAAAAGGUAACACCAAGAUAUCUCGACAACAGAUCAAAUCCAGCUCCUUGUCUUUGCUAGAGUAUAUCAUCAGAUUAGCGAGGUUGCAACAGAUUGAAAACAAGAGCAUCUUGACAAUCCCCGAUGAAGUGUUGAAGAUGUAUUUACACGAUCAACUGACAAGUGCCGAUUUGCCAAAAUCAAUCUCCCAAAAAAGCAAGCAUGAUGCGAAAUUGAAACACACAGAGGAUAGGCUAACCAUGGACUCCAAUAUCGCACGUUUGAAAAAUUUGGAGAUUGCAAAAUCGAAAAAGUAA